AUGGAUGUGGAAGAAGGCAGCUUCCGCCCUCCUGUGCUACAGGAGGCCCUGGCUCACACACCAUUCAGUGAGUGUGAAUGCAUGUGGCCUUAUGACUGGGAAGCUAAUGCCUUUGUCUCUUUCCGCCCCUCUGAUCGCUCCGACGGCUUCUGUGUGACCGGACCCUUGGCCGCCUUCAUGAUGCCAAAUUCCCGGCCCCUACGCUCGCUGCUGUUGCUGCUUUCUCUGUGGGGACUCCCACUGCGGAGGGCAGAGACAGGCUCGGAGGGGCAGACGGCGGGGGAGCUGUACCAGCGCUGGGAGAGGUACCGCCGGGAGUGCCAGGAGACCCUAGAGGCCUCGGAGCCACCUGCAGGCCUCGCUUGUAAUGGGUCCUUCGAUAUGUAUGUCUGCUGGGACUAUGCUGCACCCAACGUCACUGCCCGAGCGUCCUGCCCCUGGUACUUGCCCUGGCACCGCCAUGUGGCUGCUGGCUUUGUUCUCCGUCACUGUGGCAGUAAUGGCCAAUGGGAACCUUGGAGAGACCAUACUCAGUGUGAGAAUCCAGAGAAGAAUGGGGCCUUUCAGGACCAAAGACUGAUUUUGGAGCGGCUGCAGGUCGUGUACACUGUGGGCUACUCGCUGUCCCUCGUCACGCUGCUGCUAGCUCUAUUCAUCUUGAGUUUCUUCAGGCGGCUGCGGUGCACUCGUAAUUACAUCCACAUGAACCUGUUUAUGUCCUUCAUGCUUCGGGCCGCAGCCAUCCUCACUCGUGAUCGACUCCUGUCUGAACCUGGCCCCUACCCUGGGGACCAGACCCCUACACUGUGGAAGCAGGCCCUGGGUGCCUGCCGCACGGCACAGAUCAUCACUCAGUACUGCGUAGGCGCCAACUACACGUGGCUGCUGGUGGAGGGCGUGUACCUGCACCGCCUCCUGGUGCGGGUGGGCGGCUCGGAGGAGGGGCACUUCCGCAGCUACCUGCUCCUGGGCUGGGGGGCCCCCGCGUUUUUCGUCAUUCCCUGGGUGAUCGUCAGGCACCUGUACGAGAAUACGCAGUGCUGGGAGCGUAAUGACGUCAAGGCCAUUUGGUGGAUCAUUCGCACCCCGAUCCUAAUAACCAUCUUGAUCAACUUCCUCAUCUUUCUCCGAAUUCUUGGCAUCCUUGUGUCCAAACUGAGGACACGACAGAUGCGCUGCCCAGACUACCGCCUGCGGCUGGCUCGCUCCACGCUGACGCUGGUGCCCCUUCUGGGAGUCCACGAGGUGGUGUUUGCUCCGGUGACCGAGGAACAGGCGCGCGGCGCCCUGCGCUUGGCCAAGCUUGGCUUUGAGAUCUUCCUAAGCUCUUUCCAGGUGCUCAGGCCGCCCAGCCCCGGACUCACAUGGUGGCGGCGGCUCCCGCUAGUCACUGGCGUCUCCGCGUUGCCUCAGCCUCAGACCCGAGAGGAGGGCGUGACUUCCGCUUCCGGUGGCGUACUUCCGUGA